GAAAUUUCUUCGUCUUGAAUCCAUCCUGUUGAGUGCUUACCAGACUGUUAGAGCACAUUCCUUCCACCUUCAUGCUAACAGUCUUACUUUGAACUUGGAAGGGGCGCCCUGUCUCGGUAAGGCACUUCGGCCUUGCACUCGGCUGCACUCGGUGUCCUCAACAUCUCUGGGCAGGAGACCCGCUGUCUUCCAUUACGAUGGCAAGAGCCGGAAGUCUUGAGGGUACAGAUGCGUUACGAUACUUUGGGAAUGGAAUUAUUUUCAUUUACCCACAGAUGCAUAUUAGAAGAAUGAAUGAUCUUUCCCUGAAACCUCAAGAGACUGAAAAUUUAUAACUAAGCCCUUUAAAAGACCAUCAGAUUCUACUUUCAGGAAGAAAAGAAAAAUGCUACAGAAUUAAAAGGAAAAUGUUCCAGGGAACAAGCUGUAAUGUCUGACUUUCAUGACGUCAGGCUGAAUGGAGGCUCGCAAACAUACCUGAACUGGGCCACGCGCCGGAGUUCACCUCUCCCAUCCGCUCCGACAACACUGCAUCCAUCUGACCUUCACUAGAUCUGACCCUAGGAAGACCCUACCAGGCAGCACCACUCACCGCGGGAUCACCCAGGGAAGAGGAAAAAAUACCCUAGAGCUCCGAACGCUGGCUGGUUGUGGGCUCCCGGCGAGAGUUCCAGAACAUCUGUAGACCACCUUUACUGGACUAGACAAGAACAGGAUGAGAAAAAUAUUAAAAACCCUUCCAUUUCUAACAUAGGGCUCUUCGAGAAAUUUGUGAAUAAAGGUCAGUGGGUGUUACAGAUAUAGAUUGUCCUGAAAAUGCCACUGCCUGACAGAGGGCGGGUGGUGGGUUUUCCAACCUUGGGACUUGGAGACUAGAGUAGGGCUACAUACGUGUUCCCCGUGUACUGACUCGGCAAGCACUCGGCGGCAGCUCUCCUCCGCCCAGAAGAGCAACAGAGCACAUGAUGCCUGUGAGUACGGACUGGCAGUGCUGUGGGGCGCAGCCCUGCGAUGCGAGCGUGUGAAUGAACGAGGGCAGGAUUACUGUGGUUGCUGCUCUGGGAAGACGUCCCCGGCAUCCUUUCCAGGCAUUCUUUAUGCCCUUAGGGAUAACAACUAAUUUUAAUGUGAGCGUAGGCUAAAAAUUAAUCAUGAAAGCAAAUACAUUCUGCAAAAGACAACAGGCCAAUACUGCAUCCCUAAAGCAAACAUUGCUGCGGUCGCUCCCUCCCGGCAGCACUCAGCUGAUGGAUCCAACCCGGCACCGCUGACCCGUGUUUCCAACGCCAGGUCCUUCCACAAACCCUGACUCGCGUACGCACGUAUUGAAAGACCACUGUAUCCCCGUCGCUAGAUAAGGCACAGUGAAUAAAGGUCAGUAGCACACAGCUUCUGGAGAGAAAGGACAAGCUACAGCGCAGAGGCACAAUGUGGCUCGUGAAGACACGGGAGAGCGCACCAGGGCAGCGCGCACUCGAUGGCAGUGGGAAGGGCUCAAAAUCGCGUGCUGUUGGCGUGUGCACGGUCUGACCUAGUCCAGCAGCAAACCGUGCAUGCACUUUGAAGAAGAGUGACGACGGAAUUAGAUUAGUGUUGGGAUGAUGGUUCUGGUGGUCUCACGAAGAAGAUCAAGGCUGAGCGCCAAGUCCCUACAGGGAGCAAACUGACACUGACAGGAAGAGUGGGGAAGCAGGGUGAGCUAGGGAAGGGGGGCACCGACUCCCGUCAGGCCCCUCAUUUCCAGGACCACACUGGGGUGUGACACGGUUUCUUAGCUGUUCUUCUAACUGAAGGAUGGAUGUAGUUUCAGCAUCUUUGACUUUGUCUCCCUCUCACCCCAAAGGCCACGGCACAGCGUCUAGGUUUUAGCAACUGCUCAAUAUUUUAAUGAUACAUUUGGGAAACAAGGAAAUGACCACUGGAUGAAUCCACGGACCCAAGAGACCCGCUAGAAGCUAGAACUCUGCCAAGACUCUGGAUUAUCUAGUCCCAAGUGAACAAAGACAUAUCGGGGGACCACGGUGAUGAUCCUUGAACAGAGUCUCCAGGGAUCAGUGCCCGCUCCGAUAGGUGUCCCACGGCCCUUGCCACGUCUGAGUAAUACAAUUAUGUCAGUCUACGCUUCCCCUGGAAAGCUGGCUGUAAAUCCCCUAGAGGAAGGUGGAGGAGAUCCCCGAAUAUAUUUUCAGUGAUGUCGCAGAGUCUCUUGUCUCGGGACCUGGUCUCCCCUCCGACCAAUGGACUCCAGACCUGAAAACAGGCUCAAGUUAGGGAACUGAGAAAAGGGUCACAGCUUCUUUUUGAGGUAACUCCCUUCAGCCUCCUGGUGGUCAGCGUUUGACUGCUUCUGUUGGACCAGCUGAGGAGCGCCCUCGCAGAUGGCCUGUUUUGCCGUCAGGGACACCACGUUCAAAACCCUUUGUAGGUCCGGGGCUUGGCUUCCGCGCCGCCAGGCUGGGUAGUAGGAUAACCGCGGCCGACUAGAUCCAGUCUUUAGCUCCACAGCUGUCCUCGGUGUCGCCGGAGUACGGUCGCGCCUCCUGCUCUCAGCAGCCGCCUCGUGGUCAUCCCCGGAGGGAUGGCCCGGCUUCCCGACAAGACCCGCAGGACCAGCAGCGCUGCUGGGGCCCUGCGCCCCUUCCCGCGGGACCGAGCACCUGCCGCUGGCCCCACAGGCCCCGUCCCUUCCAGGCACCCACUGUCCGGAGCACUUUGCGUCCUUCCUGCCGUGGCGAGUGUGGCCUUUCGACGUCGCUCAGGGGACGCGGACGUGAAGCGGGCAGCAAGGUGCCCACCUCCCGGAGAGCUGCUUCGGGUUAAACCCGGCACCCGGGGCAGCGUUUCCAAGUCAACCACUCUUUCCGCCCCGCUGUAUGUUCCCGCCCCGAGUCAGCACCCUCAGAACACAGUCCCCCUCGCCCUCCUCUGGAACGAGGCGCGGAGACUCUCUCACAGGCUCAUGGACGCUCCACCCAGCGGGGUUGUGCAACUGCCGCCGAGUCAGAGGCGUCGCGGCCGCGACACGGUGGAGCCUCCGGGGCGCCCCGAUUCUGCGCGGCCGCCGGCGGAACAGGGGGCAGCGGGGCGCGCCGGCUCGUGCAGGGGUGCAGCUGGCGCAGACUCGGCGGGAUCCGGAGGGACAAGGACACGCGGCCCGACCCUGCUGUCUUCGUCCCCGUGCGAAGCCCCAGGGCGUCCGGUUUCCAAUCGCGGGAGAAUGACCGCGACGCAGCCCGCCGGCUUCGGGGAGCGCCUGCCCCUCCCUGAGGCCGGCCUCGCUGUGGUCCCGGCUUCCUCCCACCGUCGGGGACGCUCUCCCGUGUGGCUUCCCCGCCCCGCACCCCUCCACGCUCUCUCCAUGGACCCGCAGCGGCCCGGAGCCCAGCCCCGCGCACGUCCGCCUCCCGGCCCCGCGCUCCGCUCGCGCUCCGAGCGCCCAGGCUUUCCCUCCCGCCGACAUGUGCUCGGCCGGGCCUGCGGUAGGACAGGCAGGCGGUGGUGACCCAACCUCAGAGCACCUCUGCCCUGACCGAUCCUGUCGCCUGCUUCCCUCAGCUCCUCUCAGCCCACAGCCACAGCUUACCCCGACGGAACAGGACGAUGCUGGCCUGCAAGACCUGAGCUCGACGGCAGGGAGCGCUAAGGGAGGAUGGCCCCAGAACCGCCCCAGAGCCGCCCCAGAACCGCCCCAGAACCGCCCCAGGUCGGGCUGAAACUACAGUGACUUUACACGUCUGCCUCCAUCCGACCCGGGCCGCCCCAGACCGCGGUCUGCAGCCGACGCAGACCCUGGAGAGGACGGGUGCGUGGCUCUACUCCGCGCACACUGCGGCUGGACAGAAAGGACCUUCCUUUUUUCUUUUCAAGUCAUCCCUGCACCCAGCAUGGGGCUCAGGCUCGGGACCCAGAGAUAGAGUCGCAGAACUCCCCGACCAAGCCAGCCAGGCGCCCCGGACAGAAAGCCCUUGGAAGGGGAUUCUGUCUACAUCUCUGUGGUCUU